AUGUUUGGGGGUCCGGGAAAGAUGGGCAGGGGCGGCGGCGGAGGAGGCGCCGUGAAAAGGAGCAAUCACGCGCCGCCAAUCGGCCGCGCCGUCCGUCCGUCCAUGGGCAGCGGCCCUCGGAGCCGCGCCGGGGCACCGCCGGCGGCAAUAUCGUCCCCGUCUGCCUCGUCGAUGGAGGUUGAGGAGAGUUUCAGCCUUGUCAGGGAGAAUCCUUUGAAUUUUGGGAUGGCGAUAAAGCUGGCGCCUAACCUGGUGGAGGAGAUCAAGCGCGUGGAGGCACAGGGCGGUGGGGCGCGCAUCAAGUUCGACGUGAACGCCAAUAAUCCUAACGGAAAUGUUAUUCAUGUUGGAGACAAAAUCUUCAGAUUCACAUGGUCGAGUGAACCAGGAGACUUGUGUGACAUCUAUGAAGAACGUCAAAGUGGUGAAGAUGGAAAUGGAUUGCUUGUAGAAUCAGGAGGCACUUGGCGUAAGCUGAAUGUAGAGCGAGAACUAGAUGAAUCAACUAAAAAUGAAGUUAAAAGGCGGUCAGAAGAAGCUGAGCGCAAGCAUAAAUCACGAAAAGCUAUUGUUUUAGACCAUCAAAACCCAUCUAUGAAGAAUCAAGUAAAGGCACUUGCUGCUGCUGAAAAUUUCAAGAACCGGAAAGAACCUCCUUUUAAGAAGGCAAAAUUGGAUCCACCUAUAGGUGGGCCUUCUAAAUCUGCCUAUAAAGCUAGCGUGCCUCCAGCAACUCUUUCAAAGGGUAAAAUCUCAUCUGGCUCACCUCUGUCUUCCCAACCAGAACAACACGGUGGGCCAGCGUCCCCAGCUGUAAGUGGGAAUCUUGUGAAGGGACGUGUUGACAUAAACGAUGUUGCACCAACAAAAAAUACGAAUAUCAUUUCCAGCUCAGAGAAAGAAAUGCCCAGCAAGUUACCACAUAAUAUUAUCCGAGACAAAUCUAAACACAGUAGGAACAUGGAGGCCAAACCUGCUGAUUUGAAAAGUUUGGUGAUAUCACUACUUCAGGAGAACCAGUCUAAGGGUAUGAGCCUUAAGGCCUUGGAGAAAGCCAUUGGAGAAGUUAUGCCCAACUCAGCCCGCCAAAUCGACCCUAUCUUGAAACAAGUCGCAGUUUUUCAAUCUCCUGGGAGAUAUUUAUUGAAGCAAGGACUGGAGAAGGAAAGCAUGAAGAAACCACCUUCUCAAAGUGGAAGUAACCCAGCCUCCAACCACCACCAACCACCAUCACCCGAGAAGCCCAACCAGCUCCCCCCACGAACAUCCGACAACCACGAGCAAGAACAUGGAGAACUCAACUCUAUUACCUCUCCACGCACCACGGACCACCCUACAGACAGAACAAACGCUCAUCAAAGCCCACCCGAACAACAGCAUAGUGACAGCAAGGCUCCCGCCGGCAACAGCUCGACCGAUGACAGCGGCAGCUCGAGCGACAGCGACAGCAGCGGCAGCUCGAGCCCAAGCCACAGCCGCAGCGACACCGAUAGCGACGAUGCAUCUGUCAGCAGCAAGCAGGCAUCCGACGAGGAAGUCGACAUCAUGAGCGAUGAGGAGCCGCCAAGACCCGAGCUGCCGGCCGGGCCCCACCUGGAGGACAACAGGGAUGCUCGUGCUCCCCCACUAGAUGACGAUGAUUGUGCAUCUCACAAGUGGUUUAGGAGCGGUAACUUGAGCCAGCCGGUUUCGGGGACUAUAAACUCUAUCUUUGGGGAUAGUCCCGAGAACUCGUCCCCGGACAGGCCCGAUCAGAGUCCUGAGAAGAGACCUGUCGAUGUUAUGGUCGACAUCAUCAACAUGGAUGACGAUGACUAUGACAAUGAUGAUGAUCCGAGUAGGGGAUCUCUCGAGGCUCGUGCGUUGAGUGAAAAAAGACCUGGUGAGUUCUUACCUGUGCAGAAGGGAUUGAACACGGAGGAGGAUGGUUUAGUUGGUGAGAGAAGGCCGGUGAGAUUUUCGUCAGAGGGCAUUGCUGGCAACAAAAGCAGCAUGUUGCCGGUGGAAGAUCAUAGGAAACUUGACACGUCGGGUUGGGGAAAGGAAAACGUCACUAGUACGGAAGAUAGAUUACCAAUGGCAAACGGGCGUGGUAGCGUGCUCCGAAGGGAGUACUCGGAUUUGGAGUUGGGCGAAUUUCGGGAGCCAAUGGAGGAUGCUACUACCCCUUUGCCGAAGAAGCAGAUUGAGAGGAGGAAUUCUUUCAAACAGAUGGAGAACAAGCCGAUGGAGUCCGAAUGCAGGAACUCUGAUCAAGGUAGAUUGAAGGCGCCAAACCGUAAGAUCAAUGUGGAUUCGGUGGUUAAAUCUCCCCAGCGGAAUUUAGAGCCAGUGGUUUCUGGGAGUGCGGAUGGACCGUCUAAUAAGAGAAAGGCUUUGGAGAAAAAUGCUGAUGAUCACAUAAGACUGCAUAAGAAAAGCAGUAGACCUGUGGAACAACAGCAAAUGGAACCUGGGCCCCAGCACGUUAGAAUAUUGGAAACGGGUAAUAAAAGUAGAUUUGCUGAUGCUGGGCCAGGGCGUGCCCGCAGCUUGGAAGGUCAUCUUGAUGUUUCUAGAAGAAUGUCUGUUGAUUCAACGGAGCAGCAGCAGCAUGAUCCUGUUCGAGGAGUUGGUCCCGCUACCACAAAAGUAAGCAAGAAACAGAAGUCCACUAAUGUGGUGGGCAACCUGAAUGGUAGACGAGUAGAUAAUUCUUUAGCUGGCACCAAUGACACCGGUCAAAAGAAGAAAGAAUUUUCUCCAGACGAAGACAAUUUGUAUGCCAAAUACGAGAAGGAAGAGCCUGAGCUGAAGGGUCCAAUAAAGGAUGCCUCUCAGUACAAUGAUUACGUGAAGGAAUAUCAAGAGAAAUACGAGAGUUAUCGUCACUUGAACAAAAUUUUGGAGGAUUACAGGGAUGAGUUCACUAAAUAUGGGAAGGAUCUCGAGACUUGUAAAGAUAGGGAUAUGAAGAGAUAUCAUGACACCUUGAAGCAGAUGAGAUCGUCAUUUCAUCAAUGUGGAGAGAAACAUAAACGGCAGAAGAAAAUAUUUACCGUGCUCCAUGAAGAAUUGAAGCAAUUGAAACAGAUGAUCAAGGAUUUUGCAGCCUCGUAUUAA